CCAUCUCUAACUCCAUUAGUGACAAUGUGACAUCAGUCCAUUACCGGUUGGUAACCCUUUCUUUGUUGGUCCCAACUCCCACCUUACUAAAAUUAACGAUUGCAAAUUUGCAUUCUACUUCUUUUCGUUUUACUUGUACCUCUACUGCUAAUUAGUUAAUUACUAUGAAGGAAAGUGCCCCAGAUUCUUCUAUCUUCAUUCUUAAAGCUUAAAAGGAUUUCCUCCAAAAAUGGCGGAUCUGAAAUCUGUUCUCCCCUUUUUCACAGUAACAGUACUACUCAUCUUCUGCUACGCAGUCACAUCAAUAUCAGCCACCUUCACGUCUGACGGUCUACACAACUUCCAGUCCUCUCAUUUUUCUAUCAUAGAUGAGAUUCAUGAUGAUGCCGAUCUCUCCAUUUCCACAAGUUCCACUAUCGAAACCAUCUAUCAAUUUGGAGAUUCUAUAUCUGAUACGGGCAAUUUUAUCCGAGAACAUCCAAACUCCAACUUUGCAAAUUUACCGUAUGGGGAAUCUUUCUUUCACCAACCAACUGGUCGUUGUUCUAAUGGACUUCUCAUCAUUGAUUAUAUCAGCAAGUUUUAUAAUCUGCCAUUCCUGGAUCCAUAUCUUAAUAAACACGGUAACUUUAGUCAUGGGGUAAAUUUUGCUGUCGCUGGAGCUACUGCACUCAACGCUUCCACUUUAGCCAUGAAACACAGUUUAUCUUGCACUACCAAUAGUUCCUUACUUGUGCAGCUUGAUUGGUUCAAAACUCAUCUUAAUUCCAUUUGCUCCGAUGCAUCAGAGUGCAAGAAAAAACUAGGAAAGGCACUUAUUAUGAUGGGUGAAAUUGGAGGAAAUGAUUAUAAUUGGGCAUUUUUCCAAGGAAAACCAAUAAAAGAGAUCUAUAAAUUGGUGCCUGAAGUUAUUCAUGUUGUAAAAUAUGUCAUCAAGGAAGUUAUUAGUCUUGGUGCCACUCGAGUAAUUGUCCCAGGAAAUUUUCCCAUUGGUUGCAUGGCCGUUUAUCUUGAAGCAUUUAAAACAAAUGACGCACGGAUGUAUGAUGAACUCCAAUGUCUGAAAAGUUUGAAUAAUUUUGCGGAAUUUCAAAAUGAUAGAAUACAAGAAGCUAUAGGAGAAAUUCAAACGGAUCAUCCAGAUGUUUCAAUUCAGUACGCAGACUACUUUUCAGCCUUGAAAGAAAUUCUCCAGCAUGCUACUUCCUUCGGGUUUGAUAAGGAUAUAAUGCAAACGCCAUGCUGUGGUUUAAGCAACCACGAGGCUCAUUUGAAUUCCGGGAUAGAGUGUGGAAGAAAAGGAACCAUUGUUUGUAAAGAUCCUUACAAACACCUGAGUUGGGAUGGCAUGCAUUUGACUCAACAUGGUUAUCAGAUUAUGGCAGAAUUGUUAAUCAAACGUAUUAAUACUUUUGGCAUCUCCAAUACGGUUUGAUUUAUUAUUAUUUUCACUAUAUGUAUCUUGUAUAUUUGGGACUAAUAAAGUUGUUCCACCCACAAUUGUUCUGUUUCAGAGUAAUUGUUUUUAUUUUGUAUCGCAUCCAUAUAGGUGCUUGUAAAUUAAUAAUGUAUGUAUGCUAUAUAGUACUAGUUGAUAUGAAA